UCAAGAUGGAAAAGUUUCUCCAUUUCUUGUUGCCGCUGUUUAGCAUCGCUGUUUGCAAUGGUGAUCCUCGACGAGUUGGUCGGUAUCAACCUCCGAAGCCAAGGUUUGAGGUGUUUGAUCCUCAAGGAUUGAUCGUGUGGAUUAACGCCGACCCUGGGAUAAGCUCGUUCACCUUUCACGGAAAGCUAAAUCAACAGUUUUCCCAGUCCUACGAUGUGGGCCGCUGGGCACAAACGAUUACAAAGGUGAAAAAUGGCCGAUAUUUGCUCAUUGAUCGCGAAGCGAAACUGGUGCCUGGUGAUACAAUUUACUAUCGAACGAUCAUUGUGCGUAAUGGACAAACGUAUCGCACAAGUUCCGGAACAUUCACAGUGCGGGAGUUACGACCAGCCUCAACUACCCCUGCGCCAGCCACCGGACUGACCUUUCGUUCCGGAGCCGACGACGACGAUGAUGAUGAUGACGAUUAUGGUCCUUUCGUCCAAGGAAGAAACGAUCGGCGAACUAAAGAAGUACGAUCAACAGCAACCCAAACCGAAGUCGAUAAUGGCAUGGAUGGGAACUGUUCGCCGGGAAUUACGACUGUGAAUGGCCGUGCCGUAUGUUCAGGACAGUUGCUUUUCGAGGACCAGUUCAAUGGACGUGCGCUGGAUCAACGAAAAUGGCGGCUGGAGAACCGCUUUGCUUCCGAGCCAGAUAAUGAGUUUGUAGUGUAUGCUGAUUUUAAGGAAAAUUCGUAUUUGAAAAGCGGAAAUCUGGCCAUCAGGCCAACGCUCUUUGAAGACAAAUUCGGUCCUGGGUCAACGAACAAUCAGUUCCGCUUUGCAGACGAGUGUACCGGCGAUCGAAGCUCGCGUGAUUGUAUACGAGACACGAAAAUUGAUUUCGACAUGAUACCACCGAUACUUACCGCGCAAGUGUCCACCAUCAAUAGCUUCCGUUUCACGUAUGGAAAGGUGGUAAUCAGGGCGAAGCUGCCACAAGGGAAUUGGAUUUUUCCACAGCUCUACCUCGUUCCAUCGACGGAUUACUACGGACGGGAUCGAUACGCCUCGGGGUUAAUGCGUUUAGCGUUCGUGCCCGGUGGGCCUCGACUCACGAAUCAGCUUUCUGGAGGAUUGCUAAUAAGUGAUACCGAACCGUUGCGCUGCGCAAAGAUGUGCACCCUGACCCGGGACAAUCACUGGAACGCAGACUAUCACGAAUACGGUUUAAGGUGGACACCGGAAGGAGUGUGGAUGGAAGUGGAUGGUGAAGUGUACUGUUUCAUAGACCCGGGUGAAGGCUUCUACCGGAACAUCGAGUCGCAGCGUUCGCAAACCGCAAGGCUGUGGCGCUUAAGCGGCAACCGAAUGGCCCCGUUCGAUAAGGAUUUCCAUGUGGUGUUGGGUGUCGGCGUGGGUGGACACUACGAUUUCCACCAGUUCGGGGAGAAUAAACCCUGGAAGGAUCUGGGGGUGAAGGCGAUGUUUACGUUCUGGAAAGCGAAAGAUCGAUGGCAACCUACUUGGAGAACGAAUAACACCUUAAUGGUGGAUUACGUGCGAGUGUACGGCGUGUAAAGGCCCCCGCGAAUAUUCAAAUAUUCCUGCGAACGUAACGGCCACCGUCGAGAGCGAACGGGAUAUGCGGUCCACGUUGCUGGCAACCCGGCGCGCUUGCGCAAAACGCAAACAAAAACAAAAACCUGCGGCUGUCAAAUCAAUUGUAGAAAAAUAAAAUCUUGAUUUUUUGGU